AUGGCCAUCAAUGACUCCCCCUCCACUCUCGUCGCUCCCUCUACCUCCACCCCAACCCAAGACAACGCCCCCACACCCGCCUCAACCUCAAAUCGAGACGAUGCUCCCUCGCCCCACACCAGCACCCAAGACACCUCCCCAAACUUCACCGUCAAAGACGGCUUGGCAAAGAUGUUCAAAGGGGGCGUCAUCAUGGACGUCGUCAACGCCGACCAAGCCCGCAUCGCCGAAGAAGCCGGCGCCUGCGCCGUCAUGGCCCUCGAGCGCGUCCCCGCCGACAUCCGCGCCCAGGGCGGCGUCGCCCGCAUGUCCGACCCGCAGCUCGUCACCGAGAUCAUGGACGCCGUCACCAUCCCCGUCAUGGCCAAGGCCCGCAUCGGCCACUUCGUCGAGUGCCAGAUCCUGCAGGAGCUGGGGGUCGACUACAUCGACGAAAGCGAGGUGCUGACGCCGGCGGACAAUGCCUUCCACGUGGAGAAGCACGCGUUCAGGACGCCGUUUGUGUGCGGGUGUCGGGGUCUGGGGGAGGCGCUGAGGAGGAUCGACGAGGGGGCGGCGAUGAUCAGGACGAAGGGCGAAGCGGGGACGGGGGACGUGGUGGAGGCCGUGAGGCACAUGCGGACCGUGACGACGGAGAUCAACAAGGCGAGGGGGAUGAGCGACAUGGAGCUCAGGGGUUAUGCAAAGGAGUUGAAUGCGCCUUUUCGGCUUCUGAAGGAGACGGCGCAGCUGGGACGCUUGCCGGUGGUCAAUUUCGCGGCUGGCGGUGUGGCGACGCCGGCGGAUGCGGCGUUGAUGAUGCAGCUCGGGUGCGAUGGUGUCUUUGUAGGCAGCGGGAUCUUCAAGAGUGGGAAUGCGGCCAAGAGGGCGAACGCUAUCGUGCAGGCGGUGACCCACUUCAAGGACCCGGCCGUGUUGGCUGAGGUUAGUGGAGGGCUGGGAGAGGCGAUGGUGGGCCUGAAUGUCGGGAGAAUGGCAGAGGGCGAAAAGAUGGCGGGGAGAGGGUGGUAG